AUGUCAUACGAAUUAAAGUGCACACUUAUGACAUUUAUUGUUGUGUUUUGCUGUAAUCACAUCGCCUCGGCUGCGGCAUAUCCCUGGCAAGCCGAUCAUGAGGGUUAUGACGCCAGCUUGGAUCCGGUCAUUUGGUCACGCGCCUUCGUCAAAGACAAUAUACGUCGACCCCGACAAUUCGCGACAUUUCCCGCUGCGGCCGGCGGAAAUAAUGAAGUCCAACUGAAUAACCGCUUUUAUGAAUUCCAACAACGCUUCGUCGACUCGAAUCGCGCAGCAAGCGGUAUUUUGCGUGAUGAAAAGCGUCGUGCGAAAAGUUCGGCUCAUUUUGGCGAAGGUCGCACUGGCGCAUCGGCAGCGGAAAGCGAAUGGAACGCAAUUGCGCAUGCCGAGUACAGAUCGGGAAAUAACCGCAAGUCGAGUCUGAAUCGUUCGAAGACGCAAGCCAGAAGAAAACGCAAUCACAAACGUUAA